AUGGAGAUGCUAGACGAGGAGCACGAAGCUGUACCGCAACUAAGCGGGGACACAAACAUUUACAACCUCGGCAGCAUCAACAACCAUAACGUCGUUAUCGCCGGUCUUCCUCGGACAGGGAAUUGCUCUGCAGCCACUGUCGUUACCCAAAUGAGGUUGACAUUUCCAAACAUCAAAUACGCCCUGUUAGUAGGGAUUGGGGGUGGUGUGCCGGUUAAGACAGAUCAUGGGAUGAUCCGUCUAGGACAUGUAGUGGUUAGUGAACCUACAGGCACACACUCUGGAGCAGUACAAUACGACCAUGGAAAGGCGGCGUCUCACUUUGAACGCAAAGGUUACCUCCCACCUCCGCCAACAGCCCUCCUUAACGCUGCACGAGAGGUAGCUGUCCGGCGUCAACGGAUGAGUUAUGAUCCAAUUUGGAUGAAUGUGAAGAGAAUCCAAACUGAGCGUCGGUCACUCCGUCGCUUCAAGUUUCCUGGCAUUGCAAAUGAUUAUCUCUAUCUACCAGGCUAUAAACAUCAGCAGGAAGGGCUAUCAUGCCAAGACGGUGGUUGUGACAAGAAUCAGCGGAUCGAGCGACAGAUAGACGAAGACGACUCGUUUGUCGUCGUACACAGGGGUACGGUAGCAUCAGGGGAACUGGUGAUAAAGGAUGCUCAGAUGAGAGAUAAAUUGGCGGAGGAGCAUAGGGUGCUAUGCUUUGAGAUGGAAGCCGUUGGGGCCCUAAUUGAUUUCCCAUGUUUGGUUAUCCGAGGGAUCUCCGACUAUUGUGACUCACAUAAGAACGACGAGUGGCAUGGUUACGCGGCAGCAGUAGCGGCAGCCUAUGCGAGGCAAUUGUUUUUCUCUAUGUCUAUUGAAGAGACACAACGAAAUCCGAACCCAACUCCUACCACCUUCGAGCUCCCGUUCGAUAUAUCCGAGAUAUCCGAAGUAAGCCAGUUUGUUGCAAGAAAAGAUGAGCUCAAAAAAAUGCAAGAGCUCCUUAUAGGAACUGUUAGACGCCGCACCGCUAUCGUACGUGGCAUAGGGGGCAUUGGCAAGACGCAGCUAGCAAUCGCGUACAUCAAGCGACAUGGUUCCGACUACUCAGCGGCAAUAUGGAUGAAUGCGAAGGAUGAAACAGCGCUAAAACAAAGCUACGCUCGCGCAGCUGAGUGGAUUCUACGCUAUCACCCGUCUAUAACAUACAUUGUGGGUGCCGUGCAGAGCCGGGACCUAGACGAGAUAGUGAAAGUUGUCAAACGAUGGCUAGAAGAGCCGACGAACAGUCGCUGGUUGGUCGUCUAUGACAAUUAUGAUAAUCCGUUGUCAGGUAACCAUAAGGGGAACAGCACAAGCUACAGUAUCGAGGCAAGUCUAUGUGGCGAUAAAGGUGAAAAUCUUAUGAGGGCUUUUGAUCUUCACAAUUUUCUGCCUAAGACCGACCAUGGUGCUAUUGUUGUGACCACGCGGUCAUCCAUGGUAAAGCUAGGACAGGUUGUUCCCCUAAGCAAGUUGGAGAAUAUCAAUGAUAGUCUCGAAAUCCUGGCUUCUGUCUCUGGACGUGAUAUCUCAAAGCAAGACAAGGCAGCUGUGAACCUUGCAAAAGAGCUUGAUGGGCUUCCCUUAGCCCUUGCGACUGCUGGCGCAUAUCUAGAGCAAGUUUCGGUAUCCUAUACGGAGUAUCUCCAGCUGUACCGUGAAUCAUGGCGGCAAUUACAUGAAGCGACUCCGCAACUAAAGACAUAUGAUCAAACGUUAUACUCGACAUGGAAUGUCUCGUACCAGUACAUUCAGCAGCAGAGUUCAAUUGCAGCUAUGCUUCUCCGACAAUGGGCUUACUUCGCCAACGAAGACUUAUGGUAUGAGCUACUAGAUAGCGGCUCAGAAAAGCCGGAAUGGCUAGAAAAAUUAACGAAGAAUAAGCUCGCAUUCCAUGAAACGUUGCGACUUUUGUGCAGUCAUGGGCUUGUAGAAGCUGAUCUGGCUACUAUAUCGCCGGCUGUGGAGUCCCGAGGGUAUAGUGUGCACGGAUGCGUCCAUUCGUGGAUGAUUACUAUGCUGAACCAGGCGGUUGAUAGAGAGAUGGCCCGGACAGCUAUCAAAUGUGUGGCAGCGCGUGUGCCGAAGCCAGACGAACGCGAGUUCUGGCUGAUACAGCGGCGGCUUAUUGCCCAUGCAGAGAGAUGCCUAAGAAUAUUGAGAGAUAUUGAUGUUGGCGAUGAAGCUGUGGGAGUUCUACAUUCGUUAGGCCUCCUCUACGCGGAUCUAGGCCGGCACCAAGAGGCGGGUGCGAUAUACGAACGAGCACUAGAAGGCUACGAGCAGGCGUUCGGACGAGAGCACUCGUCCACGCUAAAUACCGUCAACAACCUCGGAAACCUCUAUAAGAACCAGGGCCGGCUCCAGGAGGCGGGGGCAAUGUACGAACGAGCACUAAAAGGCUACGAGCAGGUGCUAGGACGAGAGCACGCGACAACGCUAAAUACUGUUAAUAACCUCGGCGUCCUCUACAUGGAUCAAGGCCGGCUCCAGGAGGCAGAGGCGAUGUACAAACGAGCACUAGAAGGCAAGGAGGAGGCGUGUGGACCAAAGCACAUGUCGACGCUCGAUACCGUGAACAACCUUGGCCUCCUCUAUAACAACCAGGGUCGGUUUAAAGAUGCAGAGGCGAAAUACAAACGAGCACUAGAAGGCUACGAGCAGGAGUUAGGACCAAAGCAUAUAUCGACGCUUAAUACUGUCAACAACCUCGGCGCCCUCUACGCGGACCAAGGCCGGCUCCAAGACGCAGAGGCGAUGUACAAACGAGCACUGGAAGGCAAGGAGGAGGCUUGGGGACGAGAGCACACAUUGACGCUCGAUACCGUUAACAACCUCGGAAACCUCUACGCGGAUCAAGGUCGGCCCCAAGACGCACAAGCGAUGUACCAACGGGCACUAGAAGGCUACGAGGAGGCGUUCGGACGAGAGCACGCGUCCACGCUAAAUACCGUCAACAACCUCGGAAGCCUCUAUAAGAACCAGGGCCGGCUCCAAGAAGCGGAGGAAAUGUACGAACGAGCACUUCAAGGCAAAGAGAAAGCGUGGGGAGUAGAGCACACAUCAACGCUCGAUACCGUCAACAACCUCGGCCUCCUCUACGUAGAUCAAGGUCGGCUCGAAGAGGCGGAGGCGAUAUACGAACGAGCACUAGAAGGCAAGGAGAAGGUGUUAGGUCGUGAGCACGCGUCAACGUUAAAUACCGUCAACAACCUCGGAAACCUCUACCAGAACCAAGGUCGGCUCCAAGAGGCAGAGAAGGCAUACGAACGAGCACUGAGGGGCUACGAAAAGGUCUUCGGGCCCAUUUUAGUUGCGACGUAUAUUCCUGCUUUGAACACACUUGAAAACUUUGGCCUUCUAAACGUGGAGCUGGGAAGGGUUGAUGAUGCUCUGCUUUUUUAUCAGCGGGCAUUGAACGGCGCUGCGGCCGUUUUUGGGCGAAAUAGCCCAGCACUCUCUGCUCCGCUCGCUCGUCGACCAAAACAGCCCCUGCUCCUCCCGCGAGUCCGUCUGGACAUCUCGACAUCUCGCAUACCUGAGACUUUCUCAACCCAUUUUACGACUCUCAUCAUGGCCGCCGCUGAACAACCCUAUGACCCUUAUAUCCCCGCUGGCUCUGCCGGAGCCGCUGGUGUCUCAUCGAAGGAUGGCAACCAGCGAACAGCCGCAUUGCAAGCACAAAUCGAUGAUACCGUGGGUGUGAUGCGCGAAAACAUCAACAAGGUCUCCCAGCGUGGUGAGAACUUGGACUCUCUUCAGGACAAAACCGACAACCUUGCCGUGUCAGCCCAGGGCUUCCGCCGAGGCGCCAAUCGCGUGCGCAAGGAUAUGUGGUGGAAGGACAUGAAGAUGCGUGUUUGUCUGAUCAUUUGCGUGAUUGUGCUCCUCAUCGUCAUCAUCGUGCCAUCUGUGGUCGUCGGUGGACACAAGAACUAA